AUGAGGAUGUACGCUUUGCAGGCGGAGAGCUUCUUUGGUGUUUUCACCACUGAAGAUGGUGCUAAGGCGGUGAAAAAGCUCAAAGAAUUGGUCUUCGACCAAUUGAACCGCAACAAGCUGUUUGAAGGGGGUUUUUUGGCGGCGAUAAAAAAGAAUCUCACGCGCAUGUUCAACGCUGUUCGCAACCACUCUAUCCGCAACAAUUUGGUCAUCUUCCGCAUCAACGGAGAGCCAACUACCCUCUUGGUGCGCGAACUUCGCAAGGUGCGUUUUUUUGUCCCGCUUGAAGGUGAAAUCGUUGUGAUCACUGAGGAACCGGCGAAAGACGAGCCCGUUGCUCCGAUCGCCGACCCUGCUCCUCCAGCCAGCGAUGAAGGUCUUGCAGGUUGGCAAAUCGCUUUGAUCGUGGUGCUUCCGACUUUGGCUGUCGUCGCGGCAGCUAUUGGAAUCUACUUCUACUGCAAGAGUAAGAAGCACGCCAAGGGUGCUGCUGCUCAAGAUAAGGCCGCUGAUGCUGCUGCUGCUCAAGAUAACUUCUGGAGCAGUGACUCUGAUGAAGAAGGCCUCUUGCAGGAUGACGAGGUGAUCUAA